AUGUGGUGUCCGGAAUUUAAGACGAAAUCCGCCAACGAUCGCAAGUCUGUAGUCGAGGCGAACAGACUGUGCUUCAAUUGUUUCGGUAACCACCCCAUGGCGAAAUGUCAAUCGACGAAAAAUUGCAUGACCUGCAAGUCGCGACACCACACGAUGUUGCACGACUCGUACGCGUCCACGCCAAAGCCCGAAGAAGCCAACGCCUUGUCCGCCGUGCGACAGAACGACGAACGCCGAGCUAUCCUUCUCGCGACCGCCCGAGUGACCGUAGCCGAUCGCUUCGGAGAUCCGCACGCAGUACGAGUACUCAUUGAUCAGGGCUCUGAAGUAUCGAUUGUCUCCGAAUCUCUGAUGCAGCGACUGCGCCUACCGCGAUCUCACGCGCGCGUAUCAAUACACGGAAUUGGAGGCUCGAAACCCGGCUCCACUCGUGGCAAGGUGUCGUUGAGUAUCUCGUCCAGCGUCACCGGCGCUAAGAUCAACGCCGUUGCUCUCGUCCUACCGCGCCUCUCACUAUAUCAAGGGUCCGCGCUCAAGAGCAAGACGUCCUGGCCCCACGUACAAGGACUGCCGCUGGCCGACCCGCGAUUCGAGGAAAAUGAUCCGAUCGAGCUGCUACUGGGAGCAGACGUCUGCGCAACCAUCCUCGAAGAUGGUCUCCGCAAAGGCGCCCCGCAUACUCCCAUAGCUCAAAAGACAAGUCUGGGAUGGAUACUCUCAGGCGGUUGCGACGUCGCUUCUGGACGGGGCCCUCGCAGCUCACUGCAGUGCACAGCCGACUACGACUUGACCGAACUAGUGCGUCGUUUCUGGGAACAAGAGAGCGAGCCUCCUGCUCCUGUCACAUUGACUCCCGCGGAAGAAGAGUGCGAGAGACACUUUAUGCGCACCCACGAGCGCACGCCCACAGGACGGUAUAUCGUGAGACUGCCGUUCUCUUCACCACCAGCCAACCUCGCCGAAACUCGAAAGCCAGCAGAGAAGCUACUCACCGUCAUGGAACGAAAAUGCGCCCGCGAUCCCAGCUUCGGAAGACUCUAUCGUUCCUUCAUGCAAGAGUAUGAGGACCUUGGACACAUGGAGGUUGUGGCGCUGCCCGACGGAGCGAAAAGCCAGAACACGUGCUACUUACCCCACCAUGGAGUGUUACGGAGCUCAAGUACCACCACCAAGCUGCGCGUGGUUUUCAACGGAUCUCAGCUCACGAGGUCUGGGGAGUCACUAAACAGUAACCUUCACAUAGGAGUUAAUCUCUUGCCGUCACUCGCCGAUGUCGUCAUGCGCUGGCGAUGGCACCGCUUUGCGAUGAUUACCGACGUCGAAAAAAUGUUUCGACAAAUCAUCGUUCACCCAGAUGAACGCGACUUUCAGAGAAUCCUCUGGCGUCGCGACGCUUCCGAGAACACCUACGAAUUCCGCCUGACGACCGUAACGUAUGGACUCGCCUCUGCUCCAUUUCUCGCUAACCGAACGCUCCGCCAACUCGCCGACGAUGAAAGCACUCGAUAUCCCCGCGGCGCGAUCGUGCUCCGUCGCGACAGCUACGUUGACGAUAUAAUGACGGGGGCAAGCACGGAAUCCGACGCGAUCACUGUGCAGCACGAACUUCGCGAGAUUUGCAUGGCGGGCGGGUUUCCCCUACGAAAAUGGGCCGCGAACUCACCACGGAUCCUACGCGGAAUUCCGGAAGAGCAUCUCCUCCCGCACGCCCCGCACUUAUGGGAAAAUAACUGCCACUCCACUCUUGGUCUCCUCUGGUACCCCACUGAAGACCACUUCACUUUCAACAUUCGCCCGCAACACGCCUCCGAAUACACCAAGAGACGCGUCCUCUCGGAAACCGCGCGCUUAUUUGAUCCACUGGGCUGGCUCACUCCCGUAGUAAUUCGGGCAAAAAUCCUGAUACAAUCCGCGUGGUUGAAGCAAUUAGACUGGGAUACACCGCUCCCGUCGGCCGACACGCAGUCGUGGAAACACCUCCUGGCUGAACUUCCAAAGCUCGGGGAAAUUCGCGUAAACCGCUGGUUAAACAGCGACUAUCCAGAAUCCGAACUAGAGCUGCACGGUUUUGCCGACGCGUCCGAGAGAGGCUAUGCCGCUGCAGUCUACCUCCGCGUCACGAGGAACGACCACAUCACUGCGCACUGUUGA